AAGUCCUGAGAUGCCUCCAGUCUCUUUCCUCAGAUAGCAUCUGCAGAGGGAAAGACCAAGAAGAAGGCCAGGAUUUGUUUACAUUUUAGCACAGAGAAAUCUCUGCAGCUGACCAGCCUGCUUGUUUCAAGCACACGGCGGUCAGUUUAAGAAGUCCGAAGAUGACGUCCCUUUGGAGAUUUGCUUUGCUCAGCGGGGCUAUCGCUGUGUCCUCGACUGUGCCCGCUAGCAUGGUGGAGCACGCUGAAUUUUUGAAAGCCGGAAAGGAACCUGGGCUUCAGAUCUGGAGGAUUGAGAAGUUCGACCUGGUGCCGGUGCCAAAAAAUCUCUACGGGGACUUCUUCACCGGCGAUGCCUACGUGAUCCUCAACACCAUCCGCCAGCGCAGUGGGAAUCUGCAGUAUGACCUUCAUUUCUGGCUAGGGGAUCAAUGCAGCCAGGAUGAGAGUGGAUCUGCUGCCAUUUUCACGGUGCAGCUGGAUGACUACCUUGGCGGGAAGGCAAUCCAGCACCGGGAGGUGCAACGGCAUGAAUCCUCCACUUUCCUGGGGUACUUCAAAUCAGGCAUCAAGUACAAAGCUGGUGGAGUGGCUUCUGGCUUCCGCCACGUGGUUCCCAACGAAGUGACUGUCCAGAGACUCUUACAAGUGAAAGGCAGGCGAACAGCACGAGCAACGGAGGUGCCCGUCAGCUGGGACAGCUUCAACACCGGCGACUGUUUCAUCUUGGAUCUGGGCCAGAAUAUUCAUCAGUGGUGUGGCUCCCAAAGUAACCGGUAUGAAAAGCUGAAGGCCACAGAAGUCGCCAAGGGGAUCCGGGAUAAUGAGAGAAGUGGACGUGCAAGGGUCUAUGUCGUGGAAGAUGGUGCCGAGCGGGACGAGAUGCUUCAGGUCCUGGGACCCAAGCCCAGCCUGCCAGAGGGCACUGCUGUUGAUGAGCAAGCUGACGCAUCCAACCGAAGGCUGGCUAAAUUGUACAAGGUAUCCAACGGGGCAGGCAGCAUGGCAGUUUCUCUGGUGGCUGAUGAGAAUCCAUUCUCUCAAGCAGCCCUGAUCUCAGAUGACUGCUUCAUUCUUGACCACGGCAGUGAUGGCAAAAUCUUUGUCUGGAAAGGUAAGAACGCCAAUGCUGAGGAAAGGAAGGCAGCCUUGAAAACUGCCUCAGAGUUCAUCACCAAGAUGGGCUAUCCCCGACACACACAGAUUCAAGUCCUUCCAGAGAGUGGCGAGACUCCUCUCUUCAAGCAAUUCUUCAAGAAUUGGCAUGACAGGGACCAGACAGAGGGCCUGGGUGUGGCCUACAUCUCCGGUCAUGUGGCCAAGAUUGACAAAGUGCCUUUUGACGCAGCCACGCUUCACACCUCUUCAGCAAUGGCGGCCCAGCAUGGCAUGGAAGAUGACGGCACUGGAAACAAACAGAUCUGGAGGAUAGAAGGAUCCGCUAAAGUCCCCGUGAAUCCCUCGCGUUACGGCCAGUUCUACGGCGGCGACAGCUACAUCAUCUUGUACGAUUACCGCCAUGGUGGCAAGCAAGGGAAGAUCAUCUACACCUGGCAGGGUGCCGAUUCCUCCCAAGAUGAAAUCACAACCUCGGCUUUCCUGAGCGUCCAACUGGAUGAGGAACUAGGAGGCACUCCAGUGCAGAAACGAGUUGUCCAGGGCAAAGAGCCACCUCAUCUGAUGAGCAUGUUUGGCGGGAAACCUCUGGUCAUAUACAAAGGUGGUACCUCCAGGGAAGGAGGUCAGACGAGUCCUGCACCAACACGGCUCUUCCAGGUCCGGUCCAGCACUUCCGGUGCUACCAGAGCAGUUGAGAUAGAUCCAGCCGCAAAAGAACUCAAUUCCAAUGACGUCUUUGUGCUGAAAACCCCCUCUGCUGCUUACCUGUGGGUGGGCCAAGGGUCCAGCAGUGCUGAGAAGACUGGGGCCCAGGAGCUGCUGAAGAUCUUAGGAGCACGGGCCACCGAGGUUGCUGAAGGCAGAGAACCAGACAGUUUCUGGCAAGCGCUCGGCGGAAGAGCCGCCUAUCGCACCUCCCCUCGGCUGAAGGACAAGAAGAUGGACGCUCACCCCCCUCGACUCUUUGCCUGCUCCAACAAGAGUGGACGCUUCACUAUUGAAGAAGUGCCCGGAGAGCUAACCCAAGAUGAUUUGGCCACUGAUGAUGUGAUGCUUUUGGACACCUGGGACCAGGUCUUUGUGUGGGUUGGAAAAGAUGCUCAAGAGGAAGAGAAGACAGAGGCUCAGACAUCAGCAAGGAGAUACAUCGAGACCGACCCUGCCAGCCGUGACAGGAGAACUCCCAUCACACUCAUCCGGCAAGGGUUCGAACCACCCACCUUCACUGGCUGGUUCCUGGGCUGGGAAGACGAUUACUGGAGCACUGAUCCCCUGGAGAGGGCCAUGGCCGAGUUGGCCGCGUAAAGGGAACCCCUUUUCUUAUAGAUACAAGUUUGAUGCCUUCACUGCCUCCAAAGAGCUAGUUCCUUCCUCUUCCACCAGAUGCAGAAUUAUGGCCUCUGUGCCACCUUUUUUUUUUAAAUAACUAGCCAAAGUAGCUGUGCAGUAUCCGAGGACCUGAUCAUGAACUGUUAUUGGCUUUUCUGCUUCUUUGAAAACGGUCUUUAAUAAAGCUUACUUAGAAACUCGUA